GGUUUCCCUCACUGCUGGAGGAGCGAGACGAGGCUCUCAGUCAGCCUUUGCUUUCCAUCUGUGAUCCUGACGGACUGUUACAGAUUAAUUAAUGAGCUGCUGACUGUGUCUGUGUAAACAUGAAGAUCAGGCUGUCUUUGGCUGCCGCUGCACUCUUUACUAUAUUACUGAAUUCAGUAGAGGCUCAAGUGGAGCCUCCUUCAGACUUGAAAUUUAAAAUCUUAAAUGAAAACACAGUGCAUAUGUCAUGGAGGAGGCCUUCGUCUCAGAUACAGGGCUACAGAAUACAAGUCAUAUCAGAUACAGAUUAUUUGAAAGAUUUCAGUCUUCCUGCCUCGGCCACAAACACAUCAAUCACGGAUUUAACUCCAGAUGUAGACUAUUCAGUGUCUAUCAAUUCAUAUGAUGGUGCGGAAGAAAGUAUCCCUAUCCUUGGACAAAUAACAAUUCAAUCCAGCAACACAAGUGGAACAAAGAGGCCACCGUCAGAGGCUGUCAAGUGUUCAGUGAGUGCUAUCGCGGAUCUGGUUUUCCUGGUGGAUGGCUCUUGGAGCGUGGGAAGAGAAAACUUUAAAUUCAUCCGGAGUUUCAUUGGGGCCAUGGCGGGAGCUUUUGACAUUGGAGAGGAUAAGACCAGAGUGGCUGUGGUGCAGUACAGCUCAGAUACCAGGACAGAGUUCAACCUGAACCAGUAUUACAUGCGGCCUGAUGUCCUGCGAGCCAUUAAAAAUCUGCCCUACAAGGGUGGUAACACCAUGACAGGUGAUGCAAUGGACUAUCUGGUGAAAAACACUUUCACUGCGGCGACUGGAGCCAGGAAAGGCUUUCCAAAAGUAGCCAUGAUCAUCACGGAUGGAAAGUCACAAGACCCAGUAGGGGAGUACGCCGAACGCCUGAGGAACAUUGGAGUAGAGAUCUUUGUCCUGGGUAUCAAAGGAGCAGAUGAGGAUGAGUUAAAGGAGAUAGCCUCCACUCCCCACAGCAAGCAUAUCUAUAAUGUCCCAAACUUCGACAUGAUCAAUCAGGUGCAGAAGGAGCUCAUCACGCAGGUGUGCUCUGGUGUGGAGGAGCAGCUAAAUUUGCUUGCAAGCGGAGAGGAAGUUGUUGAACCAGCUUCAGACCUCAGAGUAACUGACGUCUCCUCCAAAUCCAUGAGAAUUAGGUGGGAUUCGUCUCCUGGUGACAUCACAGGCUAUAAGCUGCAGGUCUUCCCCAUGAUUGCUGGCGCCAAGAAGCAGGAGCUCUACACAGGGCCCACAUUCACCGUGGCCAACGUCAGAGACCUGUCUCCUGAGACAGAGUAUGAGAUCAGUCUGUUUGCCCUCAAAGGUCUGACUCCUAGUAAGCCACAAGUUGUCAACGAGAAAACACAGCCUGUGAAGGUGUCUACAGAGUGCUCCCAAGAGGUCGAGGUCCAAGCUGAUAUUGUCCUCCUGGUCGAUGGCUCGUACAGUAUAGGACUGGCUAACUUUGCUAAAGUUAGAGCCUUCCUUGAAGUGCUCGUCAAAUCUUUUGACAUCGGACCCAACAAAGUGCAGAUCAGCUUGGUUCAGUACAGCCGGGAUCCUCACACUGAGUUUGCCCUGAACAAGCACGAUGACAAUGCAGCUGUGCUCAAUGCAGUGCGCACCUUCCCCUACCGUGGAGGCUCCACCAACACUGGCAAGGCCAUGACCUACGUAAGGGAAAAGAUCUUCAUUCCAGCCCGUGGCGCUCGUGAUAACGUGCCACGAGUCAUGGUGCUCAUCACAGACGGCAAAUCCUCGGAUUCUUUCAAAAACCCUGCCAACAAACUAAGGGAUGCAGACGUGGAGAUUUUCGCCGUGGGAGUCAAGGACGCCGUGCGCUCCGAGCUGGAGGCGAUUGCCAACGUUCCUGCUGAUAACCAUGUGUUUGAGGUGGAAGACUUUGAUUCCUUUCAGCGGAUCUCCAAGGAACUAACCACAUCCAUCUGUCUAAGAAUUGAGCAGGAGCUCCAUAACAUCAAGAAAAGAAGUUUGGUUCCACCAAAGUCGCUAAGCUUCUCUGAGGUCACCUCCAGAAGCUUCAGGACCUCGUGGAUUUCUGACGGAGAGGAUGUCCUGUCUUUUCUGGUGCGUUUCAGGCCAGCGGCUGACGUAACUGGAGACUACAUCUCUUUGGUGGUUCCUCCUGACACCACCACUACGAUUUUGCCCAAUCUCACGCCCCUGACCACUUACGAGGUUAAUGUCAUCGCCCAGUAUGAUAAAGGAGACAGUUUUCCUUUGACAGGCGAGGAGACGACUUUAGAAGAAUUAGGCUCUGUCCGUAACCUUGUGGUGAGCGAUGAGACCGUAGACAGCUUCCGCGUGUCGUGGAGAGCCGCUCCAGGAGCAGUGCUGAGGUACAGACUGUUGUAUGAGCCAGUGGGUGGAGGAGAUAAACUGGAAGCACAGACUGAUGGGAGUCAGGUCACCAUUGUGCUCCCCGAACUGCUACCCGUCACCACUUACCGUGUCACAGUGUACCCCGAGUAUGCAAGUGGAAUGGGUCCCUCCAUGGACACUGAGGGCACCACCAAAGAAGUCCGGGGCUCUCCACGUGACCUGAGGGUCUUCAACGAGACCGUGUCCAGCAUGAGGGUCUCAUGGCGGGCCGCUCCAGGCAUUGUGCUGCAAUAUCAAGUGGCCUACAAACCUGAUGGUGGGGAAAGGAAAGAAAUGUUUGUUAAAGGAGACGCAACAACUGCUUUGCUGAGAAAUCUGUCACCGGACACAGAGUAUGAGGUCUUCGUUAGUGCCCGAUACACCUCUGGCCUCGGAGCGCCACUGAUGGGAACAGGCACCACUCUGGAAGAACUCGGCUCACCUACGAAUCUGGUUACUUCGGAUGUCACCGAGAGCAGUUUUGUGGCAUCCUGGACUGCCGCCCCUGGCAACGUCCGCCUUUAUCGGGUCACCUGGAAAUCCCUCUUUUCGGAGGAAGCUGGCAAGAAAACCGUCCCCGGGGACAUAACCACCACUGUUCUGGACGGACUAACACCGGAGACCCGCUACAAGGUUUCUGUCUACGCUGCCUACAGCAGUAAGGAGGGGGAGCCGCUCCAUGGAGAGGAGACCACAGAUGUGUCAGCCGCUGCCAGAGUUCUUACGGUUUCAGAAGAAACAGAGAGGACCAUGCGAGUAACAUGGCAGCCAGCACCCGGCAAUGUUGUCAAUUAUAGGGUAUCGUAUAAACCUCAGGGUGAGACACGCCAGUUGGCCUCCAAAGCACCAGGGGGCACUAACACUUUAGUCCUGAGACGACUGCAGCCAAAAACCCCUUACGAUAUCACAGUGGUUCCCGUCUACAAGUUUGGUGAUGGAAGACAAAGACAAGGAGAAGGAACCACGUUGUCUCUAUAUAAAGCUCCCAGAAACCUGCAAACUUCAGAACCCACUAAAACCAGUUUCAGGGUGACCUGGGACCAUGCUCCUGGGAAUGUGAAGGGCUACAAGGUCACCUUCCGUCCCACAGGGGAGGAAAUGGACCUGGGAGAGUUGCAAGUAGGCCCCUAUGACAACACAGUGGUUCUGGAGGAGCUAAGGGCCGGCACUAAGUAUUCAGUGAGUGUGUUUGGUAUGUUUGAUGGAGGAGAGAGUAUGCCACUGGCUGGAGAGGAGAAGACCACCCUCUCUGACGCCCCUGAACCCCCACCCUUUGAUAUUUCAGAGGUAAUGUGCAAAACCACAGCCCAGGCCGAUAUCAUCCUGCUUGUUGAUGGAUCUUGGAGCAUUGGUCGUCUGAACUUCAAGACCAUAAGGUCUUUCAUUGCUCGCAUGGUGGGUGUCUUUGACAUCGGGCCGGAUCGUGUCCAGAUCGGUCUGGCACAGUACAGUGGAGACCCAAAGACUGAGUGGCACCUAAACUCUCACAGAACCAGAAAAGAGCUGCUGGAUGCCGUGGCCAAUCUACCCUACAAAGGAGGAAACACUCUGACUGGCCUUGCUUUAAACUACAUCCUUCAGAACAAUUUCAAGGCUAAUGUUGGAAUGCGUCCGAACUCUCGGAAGAUCGGCGUCCUGGUUACUGAUGGCAAGUCUCAGGAUGACAUCAUCGUCAACUCUCAGAACCUACGCGACCAGGGCAUUGAGCUGUAUGCCAUUGGUGUGAAGAACGCAGAUGAGAAUGAGCUGAGAUCCAUUGCUUCAGAUCCCGAUGACAUCCACAUGUACAACGUGGCUGACUUCUCCUUCCUGCUGGACAUCGUGGACGACCUGACAAACAACCUGUGUAACAGUGUCAAGGGUCCAGGAGGAGGUCCCGAGCCACCCACUGAUCUAACGACCUCAGAAGUGACCCAUUACUCCUUCCGCGCCACCUGGGUCGCCCCUGAUGGACCCGUGGAGAAGUACAGAAUAGAGUAUGUGAGCAUCGCAGGAGGAGAACCACAAAAGUUGCUUGUCGACGGGACGGUGACGACUGUGGUCUUGGAGAAUCUCACUCCGCUGACGGAGUACAUCGUGAAGGUUCACUCAGUGGUGGGAGAGGACAGCAGCGACCCCCUCAAAGGCUCAGAGACGACAUUGCCUCUCAGUGCUGUGAGGAACAUGAACAUCUACAAAGAGCGCUCCACCACCAUGAAUGUGAGAUGGGAUGCGGCCGAAGGGGCCACAGGCUACAUGCUUCUCUACGACGCCCUUAAUGCCACUGAACCCUCUGUGGAACAGGAGAUGCGUGUGAAAGGAACAGUUACUGACGUCCAGCUGAAGAAACUUCGUCCCAACACGGCCUAUGGAGUUUCCGUCUUCGCCCUGUUCGGCGAUUUUGCCAGUGAACCUCUCUCUGAUCAGGGGGUGACCCUGCCUAUUCCUCCGUCCGGUGAGUUGAGGAUCACAGACGUUACCCACAGCACCAUGCAGCUGGACUGGGAUCCUGCGCCCGGCGCUGUUCGUAAAUACAUCAUCACUUACAAGCCAGAGGAUGGAGAGUCGAAGGAGCUUGAAGUUGACGGAGAUGUAACGUCUAGAGGACUGGAUAAUCUCAUUUCCCAAACGGAAUACGAUGUGGCUGUGACUCCUGUGUAUGAUUCUGGGACCGGAAACCCAAUGCUUAACCAAGCCAUUACAGACGUUGUCCCUGCCCCGAAGAACUUGAGGUUCUCUCAAGUGACCCAGACCAGUUUCAGGGCUCACUGGGAGCACGGCGCUCCUGAUGUCUCCCUCUACCGCGUCGGCUGGACCAAGAGUGGAGAGAACAACUUUCAAUAUUUUCUCAUGUCCAAGGUUAUUACACCCGCUCCUAGUGGACCUCCUCAGAACCUCCAGGUGUUCAAUGCGACUACCACCUCCCUCACCGCCAAGUGGGAUCACGCUCCUGGACGAGUGCAGAACUACAGGAUCACCUACGUACCGGUUGCAGGAGGAAGAUCACAGUCGACACAGAUUGGAGGGAAGAAAAAUACAGUUAUUCUGCAGAAACUGACUCCAGACACUCCCUACUACAUCACAGUUGCUGCAGUCUAUGCGAAUGGAGAUGCCAAAGACAUUUCUGGCCAAGGAAAGACAUUACCGCUGGGCAGUGUGAGAAACCUUCAGGUGACGGACCCCACGGUCAGCACUCUGAAUGUACGCUGGGAGCCGGCUGAAGGGAGCGUACGGCAAUACAGGAUUUACUACCAGACCGUCACAGGGGGCGCAGAAGACAUGGUCCAGGUUCCUGGAAGCACCUCCAGUACAGUUCUGAAGAACCUGCAGUCUGAUACCGAGUACACAGUAACAGUGGUGCCAGUAUACGCUCCUGGAGAGGGCAAGCGCAUGUCGGAGAACGGAAAAACCUUGACGCGGACCCCUGCCAAGAACAUCCGGGUUUACAACCCAACCACAAACACCCUGAACGUGCGCUGGGAGCCGGCCUCCGGAGAUGUGCUGCAGUACCGCGUCGCCUACACCCCCCUCUCUGGAACCCAUUCCGCUCAAUCUGUGCUCGUUCCAGGGAACACCCACACUGCCUUGCUGCAGCAGCUCGAUUCAGACACAGACUACGCUGUGCUCGUUCCAGGGAACACCCACACUGCCUUGCUGCAGCAGCUCGAUUCAGACACAGACUACGCUGUGAGUGUGGUGGCUCUGUAUGCUGACGGCGAGGGCUCCUCUGUGUCUGAUAAUGGAAAAACAAUGCCACGCGGCGGCCCUAGGAACCUGCGUGUGUAUGAUCCGACCACCAGCAUGCUGUCUGUCAGCUGGGAGCAUGCAGAAGGACCCGUGCUGCAGUACCGCAUUGGCUAUGCACCCACCACUGGAGAUCCCAUUGAGGAGUUUACAAGUGUCCCUGGCAACAGAAACUCUGUCAUCUUGCAAAACCUGCAGCCAGACACUCCGUACAACAUCAACGUAGAGGCCAUUUAUCAAGAUGGGCCUGGAGGACGACUGUCUGGAGAUGGAAAAACAUUGGGUCUCUUGGAGCCUCGUAACCUGCGUGUUUCUGAUGAGUGGUACACUCGUUUCCGAGUGUCCUGGGAUCCUGUACCUGCGCGGGUCAACGGUUAUAAUCUGGUCUAUACCCCAGUGGGCACGGAUAACACCAUGGAAGUGUUUGUUGGAGAUGUUACUACACACAUCCUGCACAACCUCCAGCCUGGCACCACGUACGACCUGAAGGUUUACGCUCAGUAUGACGCAGGCGUGAGCGGCGCUCUGGUCGGACAAGGAACCACCUUGUACCUUAAUGUGACUGACCUCACCACAUACAACGUCGGCUAUGACUCCUUCUGCAUCAGAUGGACGCCUCACCGAGCCGCCACCUCUUACAGGCUAAAACUCAAUCCUUUCAAUUCGGCUAACCGUGGGGCUCAGGAGGUCACUAUCACUGCCUCUGAGAGCCAGUACUGUUUUGACGGGCUGACGCCAGACGCGCUGUACAACGCCACAGUCUACACACAGACCCCCAACCAGGAGGGGCCCGGAGUCAGUGUCAAAGAGCGCACACUGGUGAAGCCCACCAUAGCCCCAACACCACCUCCAACUCCUCCACCACCACCCACCAUCCCUGCUGCACUCGAGGCACACGUUCCCAAGGUUUUGGUCGUAGUAACUGACGGCCGUUCUCAAGAUGAUGUAAAGAAGAGUGCUGCUAAACUACAGCAUGCAGGCUACAGUGUGUUUGUGGUGGGUGUCGCAGACGUAGACACCGCUGAACUGAGGAACAUUGGAAGCAAGCCCAGCGAGAGACAUGUCUUCAUCGUUGAUGACUUUGAUGCAUUUACUAAGAUCCAAGACAACCUCAUUACAUUCAUCUGUGAAACGGCAACAUCCACUUGUCCUUUGAUUUACCUCGACGGAUUCACAUCCCCAGGCUUCAGGAUGCUGGAAGCCUUUAACAUCACUGACAAGACGUUUGCUGGCAUGAACGGCGUCUCCAUGGAGUCUGGCUCCUUCAACAGUUACAUUGCAUACAGACUCCAUAAGGAUGCAUUCAUUUCCCAGCCCACAAAGGAAAUCCAUCCAGAUGGUCUUCCUCCCGCAUACACUCUGAUUCUCCUCUUCCGUCUCCUCUCCGACACCGGCAAGGAUGCGUUUGAUAUAUGGCAGAUAUCAGAUAAGAACAACAACCCUGAGGUCGGGCUCACCAUUGACCCCUCCAGUAGAAUCAUCUCAUUCUACAAUAAGGACUCCAGAGGUGAAAUUCAGAAAGUCUCCUUUGAUAAUGACCAAGUGAAGAAAGUUUUCCACGGCAGUUUCCACAAGCUUCACAUUUCUAUUUCACCGAAAAAUGUCAAACUCAACAUUGACUGCCAAGAGGUGGCUGAGAAAGAGAUCAAAGAGGCCAACAACAUAUCCACAGAUGGCUAUGAAGUCCUUGGAAAAAUGGCAAAGUCUGGCGGUUCAAGGAAGCAGUCAGCCACAUUCCAGCUCCAGAUGUUUGAUAUUGUCUGCAGUUUGGGCUGGACAAGUCGAGACAAAUGUUGUGAUAUUCCAGCAAUGAGAGAUGAAGCCAAAUGUCCCGCUCUUCCUCACUCCUGCACAUGUGCUCAGGACAGCAUUGGUCCUCCAGGCCCCGCGGGCCCUCCGGGCAGCCCUGGCACAAAAGGCCCACGAGGUGAGAGGGGAGAGUCUGGCCCCACGGGUUCAAUGGGCCCACGUGGGGAGCAGGGUCUGCCAGGACAAAUGGGACCACCAGGCCCACAGGGCCCUAAUGGACUGUCUCUUCCUGGUGAACCAGGGCGGCCUGGACCUAAGGGAGACUCCGGUGACCCAGGUUUACCUGGACAGCGGGGCUCGAUUGGCGCUCCAGGUCCGCUCGGCCCUGUUGGACCUUCUGGAGCUAGGGGUCCACCAGGAAAUGAAGGCCCGUCUGGACCAAGAGGUCCAUCGGGACCAAUGGGACCACCAGGAUCACCUGGAAUGCCAGGAAUUACAGGAAAACCAGGAAAACUUGGAGACUUUGGCCUGUCGGGACCUGUUGGCAUGAAAGGAGAGAAGGGUGAAAGGGGAGAUACUGCGUCACAGAAUAUGAUGCGCUCUGUAGCAAGACAAGUCUGCGAACAACUAGUCAGCAGACAAAUGAGCAGGAUCGACAUGAUGCUGAACCAGAUCCCCAGUAACUACAGGAGUAAUAGUCCCGGUCCUUCUGGACCUCCAGGCCCACCUGGCAACCAGGGACCCCAUGGAGAGUCAGGUCAGCCCGGACCCAACGGGUUCCCAGGAAAUCCAGGUUUGCCUGGGCCUCCAGGAGAAAGAGGAUUGGCCGGAGAGAAGGGUGAAAGAGGAAGUCCAGGCAUUGGCACUCGAGGACAGAGAGGAUUACCUGGACCUCCUGGGCCACCGGGGCAGUCUCAGAUAGGGCCCCCUGGUCCCUCAGGCUCAGCGGGGCCCCGGGGCCCACCAGGGCAGCAGGGUGGACCCGGAGUCAGAGGACCACCUGGACCUCCAGGAUACUGUGACUCCUCUCAGUGUGUAGGCAUCCCUUACAAUGGACAGGGUUACCCAGGCCCCUACCAGCCAGAACCUGACACCUUCGUAGUGCCCAUACCAGCCCAGCCGUCGGAAGAUAUCGAGACACAGUCACCAGGUUUACGAAACCAGCGUGGAAAAAGAUCGCUAUCAAGAAAGGAAGUUAAAAGAAUAGAAACAUAGACUGAAAGUGUAUCUUCUGUACUGUCAAAAACUGCAUUUAAGUCCAGAUCAAGCCUUGUUCAUUGCACAUUUAGCACAGUCGAGUGGAUUUCCUCGUAAGAGACUUGUGUGCUUGCCGACGGUUCCACAAUGUGUCUUUGCUUGUAACAUAACUGCAUUUUGUAUUUGUAACAAACUCCUGUUCAGUGCUAUGUCCUAUAAACACUACGAACUGAUUCCUUGCACAUUUGAGAGUUUGCAGAGUGUAAACGUGCUUGCUGCAGUGCAACGUGUUGUUGUUGUUCUUCUUUCUCUCUCAAGGAAAAUGGCAAACGGUUCCCUUAAUUCUUAGACCUGGCUUUUGUUUUGUUAUCCUAAUCCGAAUAUUUAUCUGUUGUAUACCAACUCACACCAAAAGAAGAAUUGCAUGUGUUGUAUAUUUAGUAAAGACGUUUACAAUCAGAAUAUAGUUGUUUUUCCAAUGAUAUCAGUUGAAAUGCAGUAGGAAUUUGUUGCAAGUCUAUGGACAUAGAAUAGUUUUUUUCAUGUCUGAAUUGCACAUUGUGAAUUCCACAGCCUUAUGUUCUUAUUUAUUUCUGAAUCAGAAGAGGCAUUUUUCAAUAAAACUACUGAAAAUG